GUUCCUAAUGUGGGCCUGGCAUUCACGUUCGGUUGCGAGAGUAAGCUUUGGAUGUGAUUUUGGAGCUUUUACCGGCGCUGUGCGAGACUUCGCGCCGAGCUGUGAGGACAUCUGGACCCACACAUCCAACCACACCUCGACUUCUGAAACUAGCUCCCAUUUGGAUAUUACUCAUCGGAAUCUCACCUAUUCGCUUUGGUGGAAUGGGAUCUGGAAAGACCUAAGUUGGGUUGGUCCUCUUGUAAAUGUGCUUGAAAUUUUUGGACGAUUUUUUUGGAGAACUUUGAAGGAGUUUUAAGUUGUUCACCAAAAAGGGAACCACCGUUAGGUCACCAUGGAUCAAGCCAGUGGCGGGGAGGAUCCGAAUAAGCCCUCUAAAAAGAAAUCCCACGAGGAUGAGGGCAAAAACAAAAAGCUGAACAUACACAUAAAAACUCUGGCUGAUGAUAUGCGUGAUCGCAUCACCAGCUUCAGAAAAGUUGGGAUGAAGAAGGAAAAGCCCCUGAUCCAGCAUCCUACCGACCCCCUCUCCGUUCAGUCAGAGCUGCCUGUUCCACAACCACUUUUUGAUGACCGCUCCAUGAACCUCUCGGAAAAGGAGAUUAUUGACCUCUUUGAGAAGAUGAUGGAGGACAUGAACCUCAACGAGGAUAAAAAAGCACCACUGCGUGGAAAGGACCUGAGCACGAAGCGAGAGAUGGUGGUCCAGUACAUCUCAGCCACGGCAAAAUCUAUAACUGGGAGCAAAGUUGCGGGUGGACUUAGGAACAGCAAACAUGAAUCUACACUUUCAUCCCAAGAAUACGUCCACGAGCUGCGUUCUGGGAUCACGGACGAGAAGCUACUGAACUGCCUGGAGUCUCUCAGAGUUUCUCUCACCAGUAACCCUGUCAGUUGGGUCAACAAUUUUGGUCAUGAAGGUCUCGGUCUACUUCUGGAUGCACUGGAAAAGCUGCUUGAUAAGAAACAGCAAGAAAGCAUUGACAAACGGAACCAGCAUAAGCUCAUCCAGUGCUUGAAGGCUUUCAUGAAUAACAAGUAUGGCCUGCAAAGGAUCUUGGGAGAUGAGCGAAGCCUUUUGCUACUUGCACGGGCAAUUGAUCCCAAGCAGACGCACAUGAUGACCGAGAUUGUAAAGAUUCUGUCUGCCUUCUGUAUCGUCGGAGAAGAGAACAUUCUGGAUAAGAUUCUAGCUGCAAUGACGAUUGCUGCAGAGAGGAACAAUAAAGAGAGAUUUGCUGCGAUCGUGGAAGGACUGGAGAAUCACGAGGCCCAGCAGCUCCAGGUUGCAUGCAUGCAGCUGAUCAACGCCCUUGUUACGUCACUAGACGACUUGGACUUCAGGAUACAUCUGAGAAACGAGUUCCUUCGGUGUGGCCUCAAAAAGAUACUGCCGGAGCUGAAAGAGACGGAGGAGCUCGACAUCCAGUUGAAGGUGUUCAAUGAAAACAAAGAGGAGGACUCCAUCGAACUCUCCCACCGCCUGGAUGACAUCCGGGCAGAGAUGGAUGAUAUGAGUGAGGUGUAUCAUCUCCUAUCCAACAUGGUGAAAGACACCGGCUCGGAGGCAUACUUCCUGUCCAUCCUCCAGCACCUCUUGCUCAUCAGGAACGACUACUACAUCAGGCCGCAGUACUACAAGGUGAUUGAAGAAUGCGUGUCUCAGGUGGUUCUGCAUCGCAGUGGGAUGGAUCCAGACUUUGCCUACAGUAAAAGAUUGGAUGUGGACUUCACUCACCUCAUUGAUCAGUGUGUUGAUAAAGCAAAAGUUGAAGAGAGUGAGCAGAAGGCGGCAGAGUUCUCCAAAAAGUUUGAUGAGGAGUUCAGUGCACGGCAGGAGGCCCAGGCUGAGUCUCAGAAGAAAGAGGAGAAAAUCAAAGAGUUGGAGGCAAAGAUCCAGACUUUGGAGACUCAGUUAACUAUUGAGAAAGACAAGCUCAAAGAGGCUCAGAAACUCAUCCGGGAGUCUGAAGCCAAGAUCGCCGCUGGUCCCGCUGCACCAGGAGCUCCACCUCCACCACCGCUACCAGGAGGUGCUGCUGGGCCACCUCCUCCACCUCCACCACCACCCCCACCUGGCGGCUGCCCCCCUCCACCUCCUCCUCUUCCAGGACAAGCUGGAAUUCCGCCACCUCCUCCACCGCCUCCUCCUCCAGGUGGGGGACCCCCACCUCCGCCCCCACCGCCUGGAUGUGGCCCGCCACCUCCUCCACCUAUGUUUGGUGGUCCAGGGGUCCCUCCUCCACCUCCAGGUUUGCCCGUAGUCAAGCUGCCUUACGGACUGCAAGCCAAGAAAGCCUACAAGCCUGAAACUGUGAUGAAAAGAGUCAACUGGACAAAGAUAGUGCCUCAGGAAAUGGCAGAGAAUUGCAUCUGGAUCAAAGUCAAAGAAGAGAAGUUUGAGAAUCCUGACCUAUUUGCUCAGCUCUCCCUCUGCUUCUCGUCACAGAGCAAAGCAAGAAGAGACGUGAAAGAUGAGACCGACGACAGGAUGCCACAGUUCAAGAAAAAGGCAAAAGAGCUUCGUGUCCUGGAUGCAAAAACUGCCCAAAAUCUCUCAAUUUUCUUGGGCUCGUUCCGCCUGCCUUAUGAAGAGAUCCGGGACAUUGUGCUGGAGGUAGACGAGGAAAGACUGAGCGAAUCACUCAUCCAGAACCUGAUAAAGAACCUGCCAGAGCAAAAAGAGCUGAAUUCGCUAGCGGAACUAAAGAGUGAAUAUGAAGAGCUUGUGGAGUCGGAGCAGUUUGGCAUUGUGAUGAGUUCCGUCAAGCUUCUGAGGCCACGACUCAAUGGCAUUCUGUUCAAGCUGACUUUUGAGGAGCAAGUGAACAACAUCCGGCCAGAUAUCAUGAAUGUGACCUUCGCUUGCGAGGAGGUGAAGAAAAGCGACGGCUUUAAAAACCUGCUGGAGCUGGUGCUGCUGGUUGGCAAUUACAUGAACGCCGGCUCGAGGAACGCCCAGACGUUUGGCUUCAAUGUCAGCUUCCUUUGCAAGCUCAGAGACACAAAGUCGCUCAGUCAGAAUACGACCCUGCUUCACUUCCUGGCGGAGAAAUGUGAAGAGAACUACCCUGAGUUACUGAGGUUCCCAGAUGAGCUGGAGCAUGUGGACAAUGCCAGCAAAGUGUCUGCUGAAAUCCUGAAAGGAAGUUUGACCACGAUGGAACGGCACAUUCAGAGACUGGAGAACGACAUUGAGAACUUCCCGAAAACAGACGACAAACAAGAUAAGUUUGUGGAGAAAAUGUCGGGCUUCUGCAAACAUGCACGAGAUCAGUAUGAAAAACUGUCCACCAUGCACAAGAACAUGCAAAAGCUCUACGAGAACAUCGGCAGCUACUUCGCCUUUGACCCUCACUCAGUCGGUAUCGAGGAUUUCUUCGGAGAACUCGCCAACUUCCGCAACCUUUUCAUUGAUGCGGUGAAGGAGAACCACAAGAAGAGGGAGAUGGAGGAGAAGAUCAAGAGAGCCAAGCUGGCGAAGGAGAAGGCGGAGCGCGAGAAGCAGGAGCGCCAGCAGAAGAAGAAGCAGCUCAUUGACAUGAACAAAGAGGGAGAUGAAACUGGCGUGAUGGACAGUCUGAUGGAAGCGCUACAGUCAGGAGCAGCCUUCCGUGAUCGGCGAAAACGGACACCCCGCAAUGGUGAUCAAAGCCCAUCCAGUCCUUCCUCUCGAUGGCCUGCCGCUAACUAUGGUUACAGAACCCUAGACAACCGACGCGCCGUCUUGGAACGAUCUCGUUCGAGGCACAACCCCAACCACCAAGGUCGAUGAUCACCUGUGCCUGACGCUAGAUGAGUGCCAAAGAGGCCGGCGACGGGGACACCUGGAGACGACAUCUGACCGCCGGCCACUGUGGCACGCACUUGCUUCAACACCCACAGACAAUGUCAUGUACGGAGCUGACAAAGCAACCCUACAAUAUCAUGCUACCUUUGACACCACUCUUAGGUUUUGACCGGUUUUAGUGCUGAAUAUGUUUUAUCAAGAUAUGGUUUUUACAUUUUACUUGCCUUUUAAUUUGUCAAAAACGAAAAAGUGACUUUAGUACUGUCAAAGAAAAUGUCAGUAUUGUUUAUGUUAUUAACUAACAGGAGUCUUUGUCAGAAAUCAGUGGCGAACGGAUGAAUUAAAACACUUCAUGGUGAGUUUUACCUUGUGGAUUAAGCACCGGCAGCUUCACGUGUCAAGUGUCAGCUGACUGACACUGAGGAUGUGUCUGCAUAUUGGUGCUUAUGCCUAAAAUUUCAGCCAGUCUUUGAUCAGGGUUUUCCCACCGUUCAACGUACAGAAUUCCUAACUUACAUUUUGAUGUAAUUUUCCAGACAUUCUCCCCAUUUAGCAUCUGAAAAGCAACUCAAUAUCUCAGUGGUUGUCUCAACCACGGAUGAAUUCAUGACGGAGCGUCCAGAUUUCCUGCAAGCUGUUUGAAUUUUCCGGAAACUUUUAAUGGGCUGGACCUCAAGUUCUGCCGAACACAGGGUCAGGAGUGCGACUCUCCCCUGCAGAAGCCCUCUUGAGUCAACAUCCACCCCCUGAAUUAUCAGCAUGUAAAAGAGAGGAGAGUCUAGUUCCCUCCCUCUCCUCAGUGCUUUAUUGUCAAAAGCAGCCGAAGUCGGCAUGAAUCAUUUCAUUUCAUGUAUCUUACAAAAGCCUUUGGAGCGGGCCCCUGUCUGCAGCAAUAUUUCGGAGUGGGUGACUCACAGAUACUCAGCGUGUAAUCUUAAAUUUGACAAGAUGCGUUUUAUUUUUAGAUCUGUUAUAUCUAAACAACAGCUGCAGGUGCUGAUCUGGAUCACUUUCAGAGUCAAAACUCGACGUUUAAAGGCAGCGACAGUUUUGGAGUUGUAUAACACAAUGAGGGCUGCGGCAGCGGAGUCAGAAGGUCAGGGGUCGCUAAAGGUCUGUAUGUUGAUGUAUGUUUGCGGGCCCUACUCGCAUAUAUGCUAGCGUGCGCUAAUUCAGCGUCAGUUUUUCUCCUAAAAACGUGCUUCUCCCGCCAGUAUGGCGUCUGGUGAUUGAUUUGUUUGAGCUGAAGCUAAAGACAAGCUGAUCUCGAUGUCCCCCGACAGACCGCCAUUUAGCUGCCCUUUUAUGCCGCUAACUAAAUUGACCCGAGAACAUGUUUUAAUCGUCACGUCAGUCGGACACUCCAGCGGGUUUUAUAAGGUCCUCACCUGGUCACCUUCAGUUGGAGGCUUCCCAGUCUGAUGAGAGAUUAAAUGUCACCUCUGGCGGAGUAUUACUGCAAAAACACCGCUUUUCCCCUCUUGCCCAAGAGACAGGUAUUUGUGAGCGAUCAGAUUCAGCUGCCGUCACCAACUUGGUCCAACAGUAAAUCAAGUCGUACGCCGAUGAUCUCUUUCUCUGCACGGGAAAUACAUUCACCCGACAAAGGUGUUUUGCUUCAGCCAGGGGCCGUAUUUGUCAAGCGUAAACACAGAAGUAAUCGGACUAUUAGAGUCACUGUUUGCCGGCAGAACAACAUCACAGCUGUUUCUCAUCAAAUGAAGCUUUGAAAAGUGAAAUAAACACCUGAUGUUUGCUGUUCGUGCUUAUAGUCGUUUGCUGUGAAGGCAGCUCCAGUGUUUUUAUGCGCACUACUUAUCCAUAUAUUCAUGCCUGGGGCUGCUCUGUCCCCUUACUGCCCUAAACUGUAAGCAGAUGCUGCUAAAAACAACCAGUGCAGAGCAGGCAUAGCCGGAAUUAUCGACCGAGGGCCACCACAGGCCAGAUGAUCCGUGUCUUAGCUUGUGAGUCUCCAGAUGUCCUGCAAUCCCUCAGCAAUAAUGUCAUAAGCGACUGUUUUACCAGAACACAAGUUACUUCGCCAUAAUUCUUCUUUUCCUCGGCAGUGUGUGCGCGCGACUGUUUUGCAAAAUAAGCCUCUGCGCGCUGAAAUCCUGGGGUGAAAAAAAUUGGGAUUUCAUAUUUAAGCUAUCUGCCAGCAUUAUAUUUCUGUUCCCUUUUAUAUCCCACUCGGCAUGCUUCUGAAAAAUGCAAUUUUACACAUCAUCACAGCUCAAGGUGCGCCCACAAUGCUCCGAGAAGUCUGCAUAUUUAAGAUGACAAUAAUUCAGCCCUGAAUAUAAGUCGUCAUCGGAAAUGAGGUUUACGCAUAAAGGAUUCGGUGAAGAUGAGAGUUCUUAAGAUGUGUGCGGAAAGCAGCUGCAGAAGGCAGAUAGACGGUCUCAAACCUGUAGAAUCCCUCCACACAAUACCCAUGUGACCUUUGCUUCAAAAGGAUUUAUUGUGACUCGGAUAAUUGUAUUUUAAUUUUUUAACCUAAUUUGACUGAAAUGUUUUUUGUUUUUUUCUGAUGUGCCAUUUUUAAAAAGAAAAAAAAAAGAUUUUCUAUGUCAGGAGUCUCUGGGAAAACUGUACAAAGCAUUUAAAAAAAACGUAGGACAUUUUGAUGUUAUUACUAUAAUAUCAUAUGGCAUUCCUUAACUUUAAACAAGCUUUAAAAAAAUAAAUAAAUAAAAAAAGAAUUCCAUUGUAGGAUAGUAAUAAGAGCCAAGAUGCUCACCAUUGUAGAAGUUCUCGAAAACAAUAUGCAUUGACUCAAACAGCAAUAUUUCACCUUCAAAGUGUCUGUUUUGACCUGUUGCUGUUUGGAUUCAAACUUACCUGAAGUGGAUCGACAAAACUGCUUGAAAGCAGUUGCUGUAUUUGUUUUCGGUGAAGCAACGUUUCGCUUCCACAAUGGUUGCAUCUGUCAUGACCCUGUGGUUGUUGCCCCUCCCAUUCAUCCAUUAGUGUCAGACGAUGAAAAAUAGCCUGUUAAGUUUUUUCCGCCAAACAUCCCAUGAGUCUCUUUCUUGUGACUAACAAACCUGAUUGUAUGACGUGUCCUUGUGGAAAUUGUGUGGAUAUGAAAAGGAGGCAGGGGUAUGAGAUGCCUCUCUAACGGUUAUGCUGCCAUUUUAUUUUUAUUUUUUUUUAUUGCAGGGCGAGUGCUUUAAUAAAGGUUUGCAGUGUAGCUUACGCUCAUUGAUCAUGCACUUUACCUCUGAAUGGCUAAUGUAAAGAGUUGUUAUCACUAACACAGAUCUUUUUGGGCAAACACUUUUCCUGACAUAUCAAGUCCAUAAUACUGAGCGCUUCCUGUUGAUGAAACUAUUUCUGGCAGAAAAGUACCUGACAAGGCGUGUGUUAUCACAGAUAGGAAAAAAAAAAGCUGACGUAUCCCUGCCUUCCUUCCGUGUUGUUGUGUUUAUUGUCCAACAAAAAAAAAAAAAACAUUUAUAUUUGUAACAGUUUGUUUGUAUUCAAGGACGUUGAAUAAACAUGAACACCCUCCUUCCAUCAAGUAUGUAAUGGACUAUGAUACUAACCGUAACCACUUUGUUGUAU